GGAGGGCAGCAUUCUUUGGGCUCUGAGGGCAUCGCAGGGUUCCACGUGGAUUUCUAGGGAUAAUAUCAGCUUUGAGAGCAUGCAGAGCAUUAUGUGUGGGACAUAUCUCUUCCAAGCUAAAGGAAUUUAUCAUCAUGUUUUACUAAACACACAUACAUUAUGAUAGUUUUGUUCUUUGACCUAGAAUGAAGUUCAAAUCUAGAGAUUAUACAACUCAAGUGGUUGUGCUCUGUUGGUGGGGUUGUAUUUUAAUUUGGGCAGUGUCUAUGAUGGGGAGAAGACAUACAGACUUCUUAGGAAGAAUGUGGAUGUUUGAUAUUUCCUGUUCCAGAACCUUUGCUGGAGAAGCUGCAUUGGAUUUAUUUCUCUUUUAGAUUUAUAAAAGCUGUCCUGAACACUCAGCUGUUUCAAUAUUGGUGUGAUGUGCCACUGCAGAGGCGUUUUACUUUCAUAUUGCUUUCAUUCAAUAAGAUGCGCAUUUUUUCUCUAUAAAUGAACUCAUAUUCAGUAGUGCAAUUGAUGAAUUCUCCUCCUCUUUUUUUCCUGCUGUAACACUGGCAAACAGUCCAGUUCAUCCAGGUGUCAGUGCUUUUAGUUGUGUGAUCAGAAUUUUCUAAUGAGGGGAGGAAACAGUAAGAACUGGUUUGAAAUCACUUUUCAAGGUCCAAAAAGAAAAAAGAAAGCAAAGCCACCUUAAAAUUAACAGCUGGAGUAUUAUUCUUUAUGGCCUUUCAGAAGGGAAAGAAUAGAGAUGGAUUUUUUUUUUUUUUUGCUUGGAUAAGUGCAACCUUACACAAUUUCCCUCUCAUUUUUCUCUCAUGUUCACCCCUCAUCUUUAUCCUAGAAAUGUAAUUCCUCUUCUGAUGUCUUUCCUCUGAGGUUUGUCCUCUGUGACGCAGAUUUAGUUCAGUUGACACAAUCUGAUUCUGGUCAGUUCUGCUCUUUUUUUUCCCCAUCAUCUCUCACCUUAUUUUUUGUCAAUUAAUUUUGAUGACCUCUUUAGAGAAAUUCUUUAUUUUAUUUCAGUUCUUUUUUUCUGAAGCCCAAGUAAAUUGAAAGCAAAAACGAAGCCAUUCCAAGUGGUUUCAGGGUGUUUAGGACAGAGCAGUGUGUGCACAAGGGCACUUCACCCCAUCUUGUGAAUAAAAAACUUGAGCGAGACAUGUAUUUCUAGGCUCCAAUUUCUGUUUUCUCUUGGCAAUGGAGGGAUGGACCACAUUUAAAUAAUACUUUGAAUAUUUUAGGGUGGACUCCUUUUUUUUUUUUUUUUUUUUUUUUUUUUUAAUGAAGAUGUUUCUAUAAGGAGAGCCAAUAAUUUUUCUUUCCUUUCCCUAUCCCCAAAACCACAAGACAGAAAUGAGGAAGUCCUUCACCAACCAGACUUUCCAGAUCAUAGAUGCAGUACUGUGCUACCUGAAGUGACUGGCUUCUGACCUUGCUCAGUGGUUACUCAAGAAUGAACAAUCCGUCAGAAACCAGUAAACCAUCGAUGGAGAGUGGGGACGGGAACACAGGCACGCAAACAAAUGGCCUGGACUUUCAAAAGCAGCCUGUGCCUGUCGGAGGAGCAAUCUCUACAGCCCAGGCCCAGGCCUUCCUUGGGCACCUUCAUCAGGUCCAGCUCGCUGGAACAAGUUUACAGGCUGCUGCUCAGUCCUUAAAUGUACAGUCUAAAUCUAAUGAAGAAUCUGGGGACUCUCAGCAGCCAAGCCAGCCUUCCCAGCAGCCUUCAGUGCAGGCGGCCAUACCCCAGACCCAGCUCAUGCUGGCCGGAGGACAGAUCACCGGGCUCACGUUGACGCCAGCCCAGCAACAGUUAUUGCUCCAACAGGCGCAGGCCCAGUUGCUGGCGGCUGCAGUGCAGCACUCAGCCAGUCAGCAGCACAGCGCUGCUGGUGCCACCAUCUCGGCCUCUGCUGCGACGCCGAUGACGCAGAUCCCUCUAUCUCAGCCAAUACAGAUUGCACAGGAUUUGCAGCACUUGCAGCAGCUUCAGCAGCAGAAUCUCAACCUGCAACAGUUUGUGUUGGUGCAUCCAACAACCAACUUGCAGCCAGCACAGUUCAUCAUCUCACAAACGCCGCAGGGGCAGCAGGGUCUCCUGCAAGCGCAGAAUCUCUUAACGCAACUACCUCAGCAAAGCCAAGCCAACCUCCUGCAGUCUCAGCCAAGCAUCACCCUUGCCUCGCAGCCAGCAACCCCAACACGCACAAUAGCAGCGACCCCCAUUCAGCCACUUCCACAGAGCCAGUCAACACCAAAGCGAAUCGACACUCCCAGCUUGGAGGAGCCCAGUGACCUUGAGGAGCUUGAGCAGUUUGCCAAGACUUUCAAACAAAGACGGAUCAAACUUGGAUUCACUCAGGGUGAUGUUGGGCUCGCUAUGGGCAAACUCUAUGGAAAUGACUUCAGCCAAACUACCAUCUCUCGCUUUGAAGCCUUGAACCUCAGCUUUAAGAACAUGUGCAAGUUAAAGCCACUUCUGGAAAAGUGGCUCAAUGAUGCAGAAAACCUCUCAUCUGAUUCAACUCUCUCCAGCCCAAGUGCCCUGAAUUCUCCAGGGCAAGGGAUCGAAGGCUUGAACCGUAGGAGGAAGAAACGCACCAGCAUAGAGACCAACAUACGUGUGGCCUUAGAGAAGAGUUUCCUGGAGAACCAAAAGCCUACCUCGGAUGAGAUCGCCAUGAUAGCUGACCAGCUAAACAUGGAGAAGGAGGUGAUCCGCGUUUGGUUCUGUAACCGGCGCCAGAAGGAGAAAAGGAUCAACCCACCCAGCAGUGGGGGAACCAGCAGCUCGCCCAUCAAAGCAAUUUUCCCUUGUCCAACCUCACUGGUGGCAACCACGCCAAGCCUUGUGACUAGCAGUGCAGCUACAACCCUGACUGUCAACCCCGUGCUCCCUCUGGCCAGUCCUGCUGUCACCAGUCUGUCAGUCACAGGCACAACAGAAACCACCUCCAACAACACGGCAACAGUGAUUUCAACAGCACCUCCAGCUUCUUCAGCAGUGACAUCACCCUCGCUGAGCCCUUCCCCUUCUGCCUCAGCCUCCACUUCAGAGGCAUCCAGUGCCAGUGAGACCAGCACAACACAGACAACCUCCACCCCCUUGUCCUCCCCUCUGGGGACCAGCCAGGUGAUGGUAACGGCAUCAGGGUUGCAAACGGCGGCAGCGGCCGCCUUACAAGGAGCUGCACAGUUGCCUGCAAAUGCAAGUCUUGCUGCCAUGGCUGCUGCAGCAGGACUAAACCCAGGCUUGAUGGCAUCCUCGCAGUUUGCAGCUGGAGGUGCCUUACUCAGUCUCAAUCCAGGGACAUUAGGUGGUGCUCUCAGCCCGGCCCUGAUGAGCAACAGUACACUGGCAACUAUUCAAGCUCUUGCAUCCGGUGGCUCUCUUCCAAUAACAUCACUGGAUGCAACUGGAAACUUGGUGUUUGCCAAUGCUGGAGGUACCCCUAACAUCGUCACUGCCCCUCUGUUCCUGAACCCUCAGAACCUUUCUCUGCUCACCAGCAACCCAGUUAGCUUGGUCUCUGCAGCUGCAGCCUCCGCAGGGGCCUCUGGACCAGUCGCCAGCCUUCACGCCACCUCCACCUCAGCCGAGUCCAUCCAGAACUCUCUCCUCACGGUGGCCUCUGCCAGCGGGGCCACCUCCACCACCACCACUGCCUCCAAGGCACAGUGAGCCGGGCCGGGCUGUGCUGCAGCAGCCUGGGUCACUGUGCGCUGGGAUCGGCUGCCGGCCCGGGGCACGAACUGACAAUGCCGUGGGCAUCCUCUCACCGCGUUGCUGGGGACGAGAGAGAGAGAGAGAGAGAGAGAAGGAAAAAUAUUUAAAAAACACACAAAAAAAAAAAGGAGAAAAAAAACAAAACAAAAAAAACAAAACAAAAACAAAAGCAAAACAGGAAGGAUUUAAAGCUGGGACAGACAUUUGCCUAAUUUUAUAAUAAACACUGUCUUUUCAGGAUCGCUUCAUGGAUCGGAGAACUUUCUAACCAAAAAUGUAAAAAAAAAAAAAAAAAACCACAAAAAAACUAAAAACCACAAAAACACAAAAAAAGUGAAAGGACUACUUAUCAUUUCCAGCAGUCACAAUGACAAGUUAAGGUGGGUUAUCAGUUCAAACAUAGGAAGGGGAUUUCUUGGUUUUUUUGGUCUAAAUAUCUUUCUUUUUUAAUUAUCAUUUUAUAGGUCUGUUGUACAGGCCAUUAUGUCAUACAAGGUGUUUAUAAUCGUAUCAAUCAUGUUGGGGGUUCCUUUCUUAACUGGUACAAUUUAGGCAGGCCUGUAUUACUGGUGUAUCUCUAUUAUUAUUAUUAUGAUUAUUAUUAUUAUUAUUUUUAUAUAUAUAGUUUGGACGCGUUUGUCUCUUGCUCCUGGAUUAUUUUCAGCGAGCUCCCACACCAUGGGGGGAGGGCGGGGGGGUGGAGAGGAAGAAUGGAGCACAAAUAGACUUUCUGUCCUAAUCUUCUGGAAAUGUUCUGAACAGUUUCCUCAUCCUUGGAUUUGUCUAAUGCCUACUUGUAGGGGUCAGAAGAAUUUGUUCAUCAUUUGUGCAGGAAGCUCAGUGCAGCAGCAGAGAUCAUCAUUGUGUGCAAACUUCCAGGCUGGUCUCUGCUUUUUAAGCAGAGGUAAGAAUUAGCUCCAAACCAAAUAUUCUCUCAAAUAUUUACUCAAAAUGGCCAAAUUCUGCUCUUAAUUUCGUGUGCUCGGUUCCUUUUACUUCAGAGAGCGGGAUGUGACCUCCCAACUGUGGAUGGUGUGACAAUACUAAUGGCUCUUCUGUUCCACUGAUUUCGUUUUGCUGUGCAAGAGCACACACAAAUAUUUAAAAGACAUCACGACCCAGGCUAAUUGGCAGCAGAUAAAGCAGAAUUUACAGUCCUAGAUACCUUCUAGGUGAGUGGGUACUGGAUUUCAGAAGGUCACAUCCUCCCCAUUCAUAGCAAUAUUCCUUUUCUGAUGCUUCCAACACUAUUUAGAAGAACUUCCUAGUAAAAAAAAAAAGUGCUUCUGGCUGCAAAGAGCAGAAGCCAGGAAUGUGGGAACAGAAGGUGCCAUGGUUAAUGCCAAUACAACAGAGCCACCCUGGGGCUUUGCACACCCCUGAUCUCGUGUGGGCUCCGGGCUGCUCACGGGGUGAGGGCGGCAGCUGGCGCCUCUGGCCUGGCACUGGAACUUUUCUUCUUAAGGUUGAUUCUGAUCCGUAGAGCACAGGAGAUUUUUGUGGAUGAGGAAGGAGUAAUGAACUGUACAGAAGUUAGAUCCGUAUAUUCUUAAAUAUACAAGCUAGUAUCCGAACCAAAAAAAAAAAAAAAAAGAUUUUUAAAGAGAGAAGACUGGAUCACUGCAAUGCAGUUCACGUUGAACUUUCCAUUCCUGAUGGAUUUAAAGGUUUCUGCCAUGUGUAUAAAACUAAAUUACUUUUAGCUAGUGAGGGUAUUAGAAGAGUCCCUUUCCCACCCACCCCGUUUUCUUUUGUCACCGGAGUGUCCUAAAAUAAUGAGUUAAUGCAGCUAUGUUCAUUUUGUUGAUGAUUCAGGGGGAUCCUGGAGCUUCUCAUCCAAGAUCCGGAAGGCAGCAACUUUAAGCUCUACACAUGCUUUGGUUUGUGGCCUGAGCAUGUGGGAAUUUGUGUUUGCACUCAAGUGGCAGAACCCCUUAUCUCUCCCCCCACCACCAUGGUUUUGCUCUGUUCAUCUCUAACUCUCCACCUUCCUGUUUUACUGAUAUUUAAACCAAUUACCCCUGAAACUUCAAAACUAGUGAACUGCAAGCAGGGAAACUAACAAAUGUCCGUCCACCGUUUCUUAUGUGUUUUUGAUUUUUUUAUGUUUUAUUUUUUUAAAACUAAGCUUGAACCAAAGUCAAUUUCUAGCAAGCUGCUGUACUAAUGGACUAGUUUGUGUAAGUGCAGUUCAGAUGCAGAGAGGCGAUAGAUGCUACUGACAAUUUCUUUUUCAUUUGUCUUUUGUUUUUAUUAAUUUUAUAUAAAAGUUGCUGCUUGUUUUUUAAUCUUUUUUUUUGGUUGGUUGGUUGGUAAUUUGUGUUAUCCUUGGGGCAGACUCUUAACUUGAUUUUGAUUUGUUUUCUUUUAUUUGAUGUGUAAAUAGAAUGGCAGUGUCAGAGGAUUGUUAAUCCGAGAGGUCCCACCUUUAUCCCCCCAGUAUGGAUGAAUCUCAGUAUUUUUGAUGUGUCUCUGUAUCUUCGGGCUGUGCAGGAGACUUUUAGGGCUAUGAAUAAUACUGCAAAAAUGGCAAUGGCCCACAGCAAAAGCUCCAGAGCAGCAACAGGUACAGCUGGGUGAGCUUCAGGGAGGUAGGGAAGAAGUGGAAGAGAAGAUGCUGAUACCCACUGUGCCGGUCUGGAGGCCGCAGCACGGUCUGUAGUUUCUACCAAAGGAAUGCAAGUCCUUGGACUUGUUUUGAGUGAAGUAAGAGGAUGGGGAAAACCGCAGCUGUAGCGUUUGUUCCUGACUCUGAAAGUCCCUGCUUACUUUCACGCCAGUGCAAAAGUACAAUUUAUCAGGAAGCUUUUUUUGUUGGAGGAGGGGAGGCCACCGGGCUUGUCUCCGAUGGAUCCCCUCCCCCCAGGGGUUUUGUGGUGGGGUGGGGGGUCCUUGCAGAUAUCUAGGAAACACAAAGAAAGGUGGGCCUUAAAUCAGUGGAAAAUCCUCUCUCCACAGUUCCAGGAGACUGUGCCAUUAGCUGUCUGAAUGAGUUUUCAUGUCCCAUUCUUGCUGGUUUGUGGUUGGGAGAGGGUCUUGUUGAGUACAUAUCUGGAACACUAAUGCAGCUUGGAUGGUUUAUUUAUUAUAAAAAUCUGCUUUUUUUCCUGACUACCUUUGCAUUGGUCACAUGGCUUUGGUGUGAGCACCUUAUACCCCUUUACCCUCCUCUUCUCUACCCCAUCACCCUGUCUGGGGCCCAGAUUCCAGGGAAUUUCUUAGCGAGUCUUUUCCUGAGAGAAACUGGAAACUCAGAGUAGCCACAUAUCCAAAACCCCUUGGUUUUGUUUGCAGAAGCUGACAUAAUACCCAAACAGCACAUAUCCCGUGGCAUCCAUUGCCAGUGUGCUCUGAUUCAUUGUCCCCUAAAACAUCCCUGUGACUGACUGACUGUUGUUCCUGAAGCCUACUUUUCAUCCCUAUGGGUGUUUUUCCUCAUGGAUGCUGGCUACCUCCAGUGUUUAGGUGAAACACAGAAAUCAGACUGGCAGUGGGUGUACGUCUGCCAAGUUAGAGCACAUGUGCUCCUUCACAGAAUGAAAGAAUGGGAGAUCACGUACCAGAAUUUAGGAGAAGUUUCCUUUUUAAAUCAUCAUCAUGCUGGCAGCAGAAAUUGAUGCAUCUGAAAAGAAAUAACAGUUGUGUACAGACCCAGUAAAUAUGAUCACAAGGAGUUUGAUGGUGUGUUGGAAAAGGAUAAUAGCAUCUCUUUUUCAGAGUUCCAUGUCUCUGUAUUUAAAGGUGAGAGGGUUGCUUUUCAUAGUUGCAAGCAUGUCACAGUACCCAGGCAAGAAAAGAGAAGGUGAAAAACUCUCCCUGCAGACAGGGAUAGCUCAAAAAGCAAGAGAUUUCCAGGGACACAAACACAGAUAUGCCCAAAAGAUCAAAAAUAAUUUAGAGAACGGCUUCAGGUGUUGCUCUUGUAGCUUGUUGAUGACAUUUUUUUCUGAUCUUAAGAAAAACCUGUUUUGCUUUAGCACAUUUUGACUUUAGCACACUUGGUCUCGACAGUCACUGUGGAAGGAUUCACCAACAGCCCAAAGAAAGUACACAUGGGUGUGGCUGCUUACAAUCGUAACAUCUGCUUACAUUUCCUACAGAGCAUUUAUUUUGUUUCUGAGUUACUGUACAAUGUGUUAGUUGAAGUACAUUUUUAUCAUUCACUGUGGGGGUACUGUGGAUGUAGACAUCUCUUGAACCUAUGACCCACUGUUCACUUGCCACCUCUGUAAGCCUCAACACGGGGUGCUUUGACACAUUUCUGCAGUUGAGUUAGUGAAGGACACAGGGGAGUUAAUUCCUUAACUCUCUGCACACUCUUAUGAAGCAAAAUUCCUUAAAACAGGAAUUCCCUCUUUUUUUGUUGUUGUUGCAAAUAGAGCAGCACAACCAUUACAGCUGGAGCCAUACCACAGAUACUAAACCAAAGCAACAUCUAAUUUACCUUAAAUAUCAAUUCCUAUUUUCUUAGAUAAAGAAAUAUAUAAAGAUACAAAAGGAUCUUAGAGACAGGUGUUUUAGGAUGGAUAAAAUAAUGCAUGGUCCAAAUUUUCAAUGAUACUUGGUUUUAAACUGGAAGUUUAAAACAUAGAUGUUUUUACUGCCACAUUAACUUUAUGAAGAGUCACUAUUCCCUGUUCCUGUUCUGCCUGAAGAGGUUAACUGCUGUUUCUCCACACCCUGUACCCCAGCAGGGUCUGUCUGUCCCUGUUGGAUAUUGCCUAGGGUGGAGUAUUACCAAAGGAAUAAGCUGGCCUGCUACCCCCCACUGCAUCUUAUGGUUGUCAGCUCUCGCACAGCCAACUCAAAUCCCUUUCUAUUUUUGCAAGCUGUACAUAUGCCCUCUCCCUCCCAAAGUACUAUAGCAAUAUAGAAUUCAAGAUACCUACCUUGCACAAGUUCUGCCCUUCUCAUUCACUGAAUCUCUUGUAGCUGCUUGUGAGUUUCUCUCUUCUUUCCAGAGGAGAUCCCCUAAAAUACUUUAAAGAUACUUGACAGGGGAGAUUUUGUCAAAGAGUUGUUGGCUCACAGUUUCUUAAGAUGCUCAUAUCUUUGUCUCCACGGUGUGAGUGGUACCUGGUUCCAGCUGUGUCAGUGCAAGUAGUUUCAGUGCUUUUGGAACAAUGAAAAGCAAUUCCUCUAUUUGCGUAUCUUCACAAAUGGACACAGUAAUGCAUGGAAAAAACCUUGAUUUUUUCAGCUGAUCUAUCUGCAUUUGAUCUGUCUGCCACUUCUCCCAGGUUUCUCCAAGUGGGGACAUGCUCUGAAUUUUUACCCCUGUUGGGACGCUUUUUGGAGAGCGUUAGGGAGAUUGCACUGAAAUUACAAACAGUUUAACUGUGGGAGAAAAGACAUCUUUUACUCGAGUAGACAAAUAAGGUUGGCAUGUAGAACGUAUCAGGUACUUCUUUUCUGACCAAAUUCCUAAACAUGAAGCACCUACUGAGCUUUGUCUUGGGGCUGUCUUAGGUCCAUCAGUGAUGCCCUGCUAAGAACCGUCCAUAACUGGAAUAAUCUGGGCCCCCUUUCUCCCUCCCUGUCUCCAUCCCUCUGCCUUUGCCUCUUUCCCUCCUCGCUCCUUCCCCAUCUUCCCCGAGCGAAAGGUAGCACCAUACAGCUCUGAGAACAAUACUUGUGGGUAGCAGCUGGCUUCUGGCACCUUCAUAAAAUACCUCAGCAUAGCUUAGCAUUGUCGCAGAACUGGUUUUAAACUGAAAAAAUCAGAAGAGAAAAGCAAACUUUAUAAAUAGUGGAGAUAAUUCUAGCUGUAGAGUUUAGUUGAACUGAUGGUUUAUUAUGAUUGAUAAACAUGAUUAUGCUGUAUGUAUUUGAGAUCCUGUUUAUAGGUUACAACUUUAUAGGGUCGGGUGGGGGUGGGUGGAUGUUGGGGGGAGAGAAGGGGGUUUGACUGUGUUAGAAGGAAAAUGUUUGCUCAUAAAUUUUUUUCCUUGUAUCUGUCUUGCCAAAGGAAACAUUUUGUCGCUCCUGGGUUCGGGAUUGUUGUUUGGUUGGUUUAUCUGUGGUCUAAUCUGCAGCACAGCACGUGGUGGCAUGCAGGUUACUGAUGGGGUUGCUGUUCAGGGUCCUCUCGAGUGUGCGCACACUUCCCUCCCUCUUGGCCUUUCCUUGCCCCUCGCUGGGAUCUGGAGAUGAGGCAACAAAUAUCGGGGAGGCUCGGGGGAGAGAUGGCUGUUCUGGGCUGGGAUCGACCUCGGGGCUGUAAAUCCGUUUCAGCUGAGUUGAGUUGCUCCAGAGCUGAACUGGGUCUGCUGUGUUUAACUCCAGGGAGGGACAAGAAUGGUUGUCGCAUCUUAAUCUAUCUGGGAGAGCAAAAGUGAAACAGGUUCCUUUUAUCCCCCUUGUCUUGUUACUGAAUGUAGGGCUUGUAGUGCUUGAUAAUAGGUGGAAAACUUUUUAAACACUUCCUUUUCUAAUAGCAAUGCUAAUCCUGUCUAGACCAAAAACUAUGAAAGAAAAAACCAAACUGAGAGAGGUGAAAGCUAACCUACUCCUAACGCCUGGCUGGUCUGCCUGAAAGGGUUGAAAUACUGUGAGACGGUUGUGGGAGAGGAGCUUUGAGGUGACGUUGGUGAGGGACCAGGUCGUUCCCCUGGCCGAGGUCUCGGUGUAGUGGUGGGAGUAGCAGAAGAGCGAGUGGUUCUUGCCUUGGGAGGGUGCUGCAGCCAGCUCCGAGUGGGCUCUGAGGCUCCCAUCCCGUUUCCCCGAGGCUGCUGGAGCGGGGAAGAGGGCAGGGUGUGCGUGGGUGGGUGUGCGUGCGAGUGCGUGUGAGCGCCGGCCGGCCCCGGCUGCGCGCGGUGAGCGAGAGCUGGGUUUCUAAAGGAGCUCGACUCCACUGGGGAGCAGAAUUCCCGGUGGCCUCGUAGGGAACCAAAGGCACUGAUAAGUUGUCAGCUCUGCUGUUCUCAGAGCGGGUAAGAGGAAAAGCUGGGUGGGGGUUUUUUGAGCUUUGGGUCAGUGUCCCUUCCUCUGAGGACCUCAUCUCUUGCGGGUACUCCCACCUUUUCUGCAUGGAGUUGCUUUGGCUCUGUGAAGACAAACGGUGUCUGGGGUUUGCCCAGUGCUGCGGGUCUUAGGCUGAUGUUGGGAUACAGUCAGGGAAAACUGUUUCUUUCCUUCAAAUGUGGAAGCAGUGUAGUCCAAGGUCAGAGUCUGUUCAACAGCUUUUGCAUAUGGUCGUUCUCUCAAGGGAGGGACCUUGAAGACUCCUUUCUUUGCUCCCCAAAGUAGCCUUGUACAUGUUCAUGUAUCGUGCUAUUGGGCUGAGCUGUUUUAUCAGUGAACUUGGUGAGCUCUUGUGAAGAAAGGGAGGGAGGAAUGGGGAGACCGGGAUGUCCAGCUAUUCUUCCUCCGGACACCAAUCGGGUUGCAGAACUUCACUGAAAGCUUUACUAAUAGAAUUGUUGUUCUGACAUUAUGUAAAAGUGGUAUUAAUAUUGUGUGACUUUUCAAAGAGCUAGUUAGAUUUAUAGAUAGGUAAUAGGGAUAUUGAAGAAAUGACUUCUCAAAGAAAAGAGCACUUGGAACAAAAGAAGUGGAAAACAAGGUGUGCUUUAUGGAAAACAAAUCUGAGGAAGGAAAUGAAACAGCUUGUGGGAGGCGAGGGAAGACGAUACCCUUUGGCGUUCCUGAGUGCUGCUGAGGCUCAGCCCCAGAACUGGAACAUACCCCCUCUGCCUUAUUUCAUCUCUCUACCAAACAGGACAUUGUCAAGUAGCUCAGACCAAAACGCUGAUCUGUCUUAAAACUGUGUCGGUCUGCUGGGGAAUAUUCUCCGGCGGAGCUUUAUAUAAUACCGUAAGAUACUUAAUUUAUCAUGUUAGCUUCCCCUUCCCUCCCAAAAUUGUCUUGUCUGUUGUAGGCCCCACUUCAGGAUUCACACUGCCUUUGCUGGACUCUGUGGCAGCAGCCACAGAAGCCCUGUUCCCUGAAUGUCAUAACUUCGUGUGCGUUCCAAGCCGGCACGUUGCGGUGCUAUAAAACCCUGAAAUUAUUUCACAGUAGGAAUCCCAAGACCUUAGGGAAUGGCAUGCCAAGGGGCAACUCGUGGAGAUCGCACAACACCCUUGAGAAACGCUUUAGGAACAAGAGCACCCGUGACAGUGUCCUGAGAACAAGGCAGUUGAGACAAACCCGUUAGUUCUUCCCCCAUUCACUCUCCACGUGUCGGCCUCCGUGACCCUGGUGCUCCGAGGGGAAAAAGCAAAGAGAAAGGCUCGGAGCUCAGGGCCACUCCCCGCGAGUUCCCUGCGGCGCGGGGAAGGGAAGGCACUGCCGGGGUGGCUCCCAGAGGGCUGGAGCAGCACCGGCCCCGUGUGCCCCGUGUGCUCCGUGCGGAGGGCCCGGCAGGAGCCCCUCCAUCCCCGCCAGUGCCGUUGUUCCAUUUCCUUCCUCUGUGGUAGUAUCUAAGGCUAGGUGUGAGUAGGUGUGGGGUGGUUAUCCGCCACAGGUACAGGAGCUGUCGUAUACCUCAUUUCUAACUCGUAACUGAGUAACUUGCUUUAACUUUCUCCAAACCCCACAGAGUUGCCAAGUCUGCCCUCCCUCCUUUGAUUAACACUGAACUCUGGCCUAUAGCACCCCGUGACCUGCAACCUGGGGAGUGACCCCCUAACGCCUCUGAAUGUCGCUGCUUAAAAGCUACUGCAAAGUGAGGGCAAAUUGCAAUCUUAUCUUAUUUCCUUUGGUUACAAGGGGUCCUCUUGAUUAGUCUGUGAAUAUCCACUCCCUCCCCUCCAUUCUCCAUGGAAAAGGGCCACCCACGCUGCCUUUUCCCACCCCAGAGCCAUGCUGAGCUCCAGGGCCUGGAGGCUCUCUCAAGCCCAGUGCUGUGUACGUGCUACUCACUUUUUAACAUGACCAAAAAAGGAAAAAAAAAAAAAAAAAAAAAGGAAAAAAAAUAGAAA